UCUUAAAAGGCAGGUAAAUAGCCGCCCGUUGUGGUUUUCUCCUUAUCUUCUCAAACCAGAGGCAAACCAAGGUAACCGGGCCUAACGGUUCAGCUGUUCACCACAUUCAUCCUAGCCAUCAGCACUGCACUAUAUUUACCAGCUUCCUGAGUUACACAAGCCUGCCAAUGGGUGUGCACAAGCCCUCGACCCCUUCCUCUGUCCUCCGGAUAAGCCUAGUUUGUCACUGCCAUAGUAAACACACAAAAAGAAUGGUGCACGGCCCACCGCUGAGGGAACAAACAAGGGGAGGGUCACAUGUGAGACCCGGAGGGCAGCCCUCCAGACUAUUCUAGGUAACUGGAAUGUAUACAGCGACCUCAUGGCAAAAACUUGAGACCUCGUGUCUUUCUCCAUGCCACUCUUGACUGUGUCGUCUUUGAGAAAGAAAUUCGGUAGAAAUGAAUCUGCUUUUAUCCUGUUGAACUGGGUCUGAUUCACAUUGGAACUCAAGAACAAACAGCAUGGCUAGUACAUCAACAGAGAUCUUUCCGUUCAAGGACCAAGAGCUGCCUGCUCACCUCUUGUUUCAGUUGAACAUACUGAGACAGGAGCAGAUCUUUACCGAUGUGAUCUUGUGCAUCGAAGACAGGGAGAUCCCGUGCCACAGGAACGUCUUGGUUUCCAGCAGCCCCUACUUCCGAGCCAUGUUCUGCAGCAACUUUCGGGAGAGCAGCCAGACUAGAGUGGACCUGAAAGGGAUCGCACCGGAAGUCAUUGAAGGUGUCGUGGAUUACAUCUAUACUGGUGCCAUCACCAUCACCAUGGAGCUUGUGCUGCCACUGAUGCAGGCAGCCUCCAUGCUGCAGUACGGAAGGCUCUUUGAGGCCUGCUCCAACUUUCUACAGGUACAGCUCAAUCCGGAAAACUGCCUGAGCAUGAUCCGGCUCUCUGAGAUCCUUCACUGUGAAAGCCUCAAGGAGAGAGCCAAAGAGAUGGCCGUGCGGUGUUUCUCGGACGUAGCUGCCUCCGAGGACUUCUGCGAACUUUCCCUUCCCGAGCUAAUGUGCUACCUGGAGGACGACCGACUGUGCGCGGAGGAGGAGCAGGUUUUUGAGACGUUACUUGCAUGGAUCCACCACGACCCCUUCUCCCGUCGAGGAGCCAUUCACGACCUCUUCAAGAAAGUCCGUUUGCGGUACAUCCAUCCGACGUACCUCUUCCAGUUCAUCGCCAACGAUCCGCUCGUCCAGUCGUCUACACUGUGCACUGAGAUCAUAGAGUCUGUGCGACGUCUGAUGUUUUCCGUAAGCGCCAAAUGCACUCGAGAGCUGAAGCCUCUCUGGACCACACCGCGCCGCUACACGUGCCGGGAGACUCUGGUGGUGGUCGGAGGACGCAAAAACAACGAGCAGACGUCUCGGGAAGCACUUCUCUAUGACGAAAGGACACAACGUUGGCAGUGGCUCGCUAAACUACCUUUGCGGCUCUAUAAGGCGGCUUAUGUUUGUAUUCACAGCAUUCUGUACGUGGUGGGUGGCCUCAGUCUUAGUCUGGUAUCUGGAGACAGUGCGGUUAGUGCCACAGUGUACACACUCUCAUUGAAGACAAACCAGUGGAGGACCGCCGAACCCAUGCUGGUGCCAAGGUACGCCCACCAAUGCGUCUCCUACCUUCACUUUAUCUUCGCUCUUGGUGGAAUAGGGCCGAAUAAGCAGAUCUCGAAUGCGGUAGAGCGCUACAACAGCAUGUUCAAUCAAUGGGAGGCCAUGGCGCCGAUGCCCACAGCAGUCUUACACCCUGCAGUGGCGGCCAACGACCAGAGGAUUUAUGUGUUUGGAGGCGAGGAUGCCUUACAGAACCCAGUGAGACUAAUACAGGUUUAUCAUAUCUCCCGCAACUUGUGGUCUAGACUGGAAACCAGGACAGUGAAGAACGUCUGUGCACCUGCUGCAGUGAUAGAAGACAAGAUUUUUAUUGUUGGAGGAUACACAAGUAGAGUGAUUGCCUACGACACCAAAGCUAAUAAAUUUGUGAAGUGUGCCAACAUGAAAGAGAGGAGGAUGCACCAUGCGGCCACAGUCAUCAAUAACAAACUCUACGUGACCGGAGGACGCUUCCUCAACGCUCAUGAUGUCAUCGAGGACUCCGACUGCUUCGAGUGCUAUGACCCUAAAACAGACGUGUGGACUUCUAAAGGAACUUUACCGUACAAACUGUUUGAUCACGGUUCACUAUCACUGAUCUGCGUCUCAAACCGCCCCAACCCACCAUGAUUGCUCAAGGGGUGCAACAUCUCUGCUUGGGCGUCCCGUUCGCUCCCCUCCUCAUUAAGGGAAAUGAAAAAUAUGGGGCCACAGCUGAGGCAGGAAACCAUCUGAGGAAGGUUGCAUUGGUUUGUGGGUUGAGUAUAUCUCAGCUGGGGCUUUGAUGGUAUGCUGCUGGUGCUCGCCAGCAUCUGCGCUGUCUUAAUCAAAAGAGAUUUGAGCUGGCAAUUGCAAGUGUCACAGUGGACCUCAGGGAGUGAGCCCAGGACCUCAGAGCAAAAUGGCAGACUUAUGCAAUGCACAGAUGUCCCUGAAGAACUGCGACCUAAAAAUCUUCAGACAGAUGUUUCUCAUCAGAAUAGCUCGAGCAGCCCAAUUUUAGUCAAUAUAGUGCCUUGUUAGCCUGAUGUAAUUAGAGAGAUGUGACAAUCUUUUUAGCCAGAGUAAAAUCUGCGAGCAUAAGGACAUGAGUAAGUGAUGGAGUAAUUGGUGAGGUGAAGAAAACAUUCCCUCACAGUU